CUCGAGCUGACGGACAGGGGCUAACGACAUAGACGGCCUGUAGGUUCUGCCCAGCCCAGCCAUGUGGGAGAAAAAGUUUCUUGACCUCAGUUCUGUAUCUCUUCUAUCUACUCAUCUCAAUAUAGCAAUGAAGCUCAGCCUCUGGCCGUCAUCUGUGGUUCAACGUGGGCUGGAGACGCUACUACCCAAAGCAUAGUACUCGACGGGCUCCAUCCAAACGUGUUGGAAGGCUGAGAGGUUUCUUUCGCCCUUUCUCCUACAGCAACACCCCUUGUCGCCAUCAGGCUUACCCUUCUUCAUGGUUAUUUCCAUACAUCCUACCUCUAUUCAUAUCGGGGGGUCGCUUUCAGCAGGGCGGCUGUGCCGAUUACUAACUUUGUUUUGUCUGUCUGGGUCCCAUUUUGAGCCUCGUCCAUCAUGGCGGAUCUUAAGUUCAUCAUGGAUAUGAACGAUGGCGAACCCACCUCCCUUGUGAAUAAAAGGGAUGUUGCGCCUCUGCCACCCGGUGCAAAUCGAGGUCAAGACGCUUCAGCCUCAGAACGUGGGAAUCCUGGAGACCAUAGCGACGACAACAGACCAACGCCAGCCACCACAAGUAAACGGUGCGGGCAUUCAGGGCGCCAAUUCAAGUCUUCAGCAGGAACGACAUCAUCAUCAGCAGCAGCAACAACAACAACAACAACAAAACCAACAUCACCGUCAUCGACGGCCUCGACAGCUCGGCCGGCACCUGAUCGCCAGCCAAGCAACACUAGCACCGAAGAGAUGGAUCCUGGAUAUGGAGGCCACGGCGGGUCGGGCUCGUCGUCAAAUACGCCCAUGCGCCCCAUAGGCAGCCCGUCCGGCGGGGAACUCCCCAUCAAGCUCACCCCAAUUACUGGUCGCGUGAGUAGAGCAAAGAAGGGUGUGCCGGUCCAUACAUGUGAAACAUGUAGACCACCCAAGACAUUUACAAGAGCAGAGCAUCUCAGGCGCCACCAAUUGAGUCACCAAACGCCUGGCUUUCCGUGCACCUAUCCUGGCUGCGGCCGUGCUUUCCACCGCGCUGACUUACUUGCUCGUCACGCAGCUAGACAUGAACAAGAGGGGGAGAAAACUUCAUCGGUUGGGAGUGGCAGCCGGCGGACGUCGGUGACGUCGACGGACGACGGAAGUGUCCCGAGGACGAAGUACAUUCAGCAUGUUCCCUCGUCGAUGGGCGGGAGCAUUACUUCGCGUGGUUCUGUGUCAGGGCCGUCGUCAGAAAUGAACCCGGGCUACGGCGGCGGCUCGACGACAUACCCGCCCAUGGGCAUGCAGGGCAGCGGCGGCUCAACGCCUAUGUCGCCUCCGCAGCCACAGGGCCGGGGUGACAGCUACCAGUUGGCAUCGAGCGGUCCGUCGCAGGGAAACUACACUUUGUCGACGCAGUCGCAGAUCCCGCUCAUCAGCAACCAGCCUCCCAGCCUGGACAACUCGCCCACGGCGGGAAACUACAGCUUAGGCUUCCAAUCACCACGCACGUCAUCUUCGUUCCCACACUAUGUAGUUACCGGGGGACUGCAGCCACAUCUACCUAGCUUGACUAUACCUGACAGCAAUCCACCAGGUCUCCUUGCGGCUCACGAGAUAUCCCCCUGGGCCUCGUCUGACAGCAACUUCUCCACCCCAUCCGAGGUGAGCCACGGCAGAAGCUGGGUCCGCAGCUUCAACUCACCUACGUCCGACUGGCCCGGCACCAGCCUCGUGACAACCUACCACCAGCAGUCAGGAGCUUCGCAGGACUUGCAGAACCCCGGUACCGGACUCGAGGGCUUGACCUCGGCCACCCCUUUCAUGGUUAACGCCUUCUCCCCGACGAUGCACAAAUCAGGCUUCAACCCCAUUUUAGACAUGCCCUUGUCUUUCUCCGAAGAAAACGCGCUUCUUGACCAUUCGUCUCACCCCCGCCACGAUGCGUACAAUUUAGUUCGUAGUCCGACCCCACCGACCGCCUCCUCGUCCGUUCAAUCGGCUGAAACUUUAGUCUCCCUCGCUCCCGCGCUACCGGACACGACCGCAAUGGUAGGCCGUUACAAGGACUCGGCGGUGUUGAUGGGCACCCUGUCCAAUGCGUCGUUCCUGACGGCCCACAGCCUGCGCCGCCCUGUCCGUAACGCCAUCCCCGACUUAAUCGACGUAUACUGGAGGCGCUUUGACACUCUCUUCCCCUUAAUCCACCGCUGGAGCUUUGGGACAGCACCCACCGAGGUGCUGCGUUGUGCUAUGGCUGCCAUGGCCACGCAGUUUCUCGAUGGAGAGGAGGACCGCAACAAAGGUACCGAGCUGCAUGAGUUUGCUUCGCAAGAAGCCAAACGUUCGCCGCAAUGGAACGUCCAGAUCAUGCAAGCGAUCCUCCUGUGCGAGUUCUUUGCCCGGUUCCGAGGGAAGGAAGCCUCGACCCGACCGUCUCAGCCCUUCCAGUCGAUAUACGCGAGAGUCGCCAACCCUCCCAACCCCGGUGAUGCUACUACUACUACUCCGACUACGACCAUCCCCACUAACCCCUUUGGAUCUACACCCCGAAGAACAACUACCAAAUCGCGAUGGAACGAAUGGAUUGAGGCCGAAUCGCGUCGCCGACUUCUGGCCGCCUCGUUUGUCCUGGAUGUGCACACAUCCAUGUAUCAUGAACAACCUUUAAUGCACUCUUUCAGAAGCCCGUGCCCACCUAUACCACUGACCAGAGCCAGCGAGGAGCUCUGGGCUGCCCCUUCCCCUGAAGCCUGGGAGGCUCUCUUGUCUGCCGGAUCGCACAGUCUGGAACCGGUCAUGCUCCCAGAAGAGACCAUCACCAUCGAUAGGAUCAACUCAGCUCCACCUCUGGACCGUGCCGUGUUUCUGGCCUCGGAGGUACUGCGCCUGCCCAAACGAAGCAUCCCUUCGGCCCUAGAAGUUUCCAACGACCCAGACCUAACUGCGUCGGACCGCAUUGCCACUUUAUUCCCCGGAUCGCCCAUCGCCAACACGUAUCUAGCCCUCCAUUACACCCCCUUACACGACCUGCUGGCCAUCUCGGGCGAGUCGUGGAUCUUCACGCUAAAGGUGCUGCCCGCCAAGAAAUUUCAGCAGCACCAGAGGCGGCUCAAGCAGUGGAGCAGCGGUCUCCACGCUGCCGUCGCCGCCCGAUACGCCGCGAGGGCCCUUGUGGCCUUCCUAGAUACUACGGCUAAUGUUAAUUACACAAUUCCCAUGGUGGCCGCUCAGGGCGAGCCCUCCUCGUCUGCCGUUUUCACCGACGAACAGCCAAACCACGGGUGGAACACAACCAACAUUUCCGAUUAUUGGGCCAUGUACGUCAGCGCUCUCAUCUGCUGGGCCCUGUCGCACUACACCACUCGGAACAACAACAAUUCAUCCUCGGCUUCUGCUCCUGCUUCUGCUUCUACUGGUGGUGAUAAUACUAACAAGAAAACGACUGGGAACCAUAGCAAUGCGAAGCAGCGGCGGAGCGAGGCCGAGGCCCUCGAAUGGCUACGCACGGUGGCCGACCUGCGCAUCGAAGACAUCCUCAACCCCAACGUGCGCGGCAGUCGCGAUGAAAUUAACAGCGUCAUCACCCUUGUCAAGCGCCGCCUCGAGUUCGAGGCUGUCGGCGGCGGCGGCAGGAAGUCGCUUCUCGUCGAUGCCCUGGGUGUCUUGCGCAAUUUGGAAGCUGGGGUCAAUUAGAAGUGGUUUUGAUUUUGAUUUUUUC